CAUGUUACGUUUGGCAAUUUCCACACAACACAGAUGUUGGACGUCCAAUAUACUGUCUAGUUAGGCUUCGUCGUCAUUUUGUCCAGUUCAUCGACAUUAGUGCAGAGAAUAUUGACAGUGGACACUUUACGUUGGAUACAGGCUAACAUGUCUAAGGGAGGUGACUCGAUGUGGCAGAGUAUUUGUAAAAAGGUUGCUCUGACGUUUGGGUUCAUCUAUGUGCUUUAUGCCAUAUUUUAUGGCAUGAAGCGGAUGAACCCCAACACCUGGAAUGAACGACCGACUGAGAUAUCCAGUAUGAUGUGGUUAAAAGACCCAGUAUUAAUAGACAUUCACAGGUUUUCAGAGAUCUCUGCUCUUUCCACUGAGGUAACCGUGGUGACAGCUUACUUUAACAUUGGAGCAUUUGCAAAGGGCAUUUCUGGCCCAAGAACUCCAAGUGUUUAUCAUAGAUGGAUGAGUAUUUUUGGCAGGUUAGACAAUCCAUUAAUCAUUUUUUCUGACCAAGACAAUGUGCUGGAUGUUUUCAGAAAACUGAGAAGCAGGUAUCCUCCAAAUCGGACCAAAAUCAUGAAAGUUGAGAAGACGGAAUUAUGGGCAUUCUCACUAGUACCAAACAUCAGUGAGAUUUUUCGACAGAAAGACUACCCAGCCCAUCAGCCAAACACCAUCAAUGAGAACUAUUCCUGUGUCAUGCACGCCAAGUUCGAACUAAUGAACCGAGUCAUCCGAGAAAAGCUCUACGCAACCAAAUAUAUCAGCUGGCUCGAUAUAGGUCUGUUUAGGGCCGUCGCACAUGAGAAGCACUCUUUUUUAAUGCAGAUCCCACCGGACUGGAAUGAAAACAAAAUCGCCUACAGCGAGGUACACGAAUUUGACCCGUCCUUGGUACCACGUGACUGCAUCUUCAAGAAUCUUGUGUGGGUUUCUGGAGCCAUGUUCAUGGGUCGACCGGAGGUGCUCUAUCUGUACACGAAGGACUACAUGUCUGCCGUGAAGAAGCUGAUUGGGCAGAAGCUGAUGAGCACGGACCAGCAGGUCAUUUACAUCAUGUAUCUACCCAGUUUUAACUUCCAGCCUCGCGUGGAGAUCCAGACGUACACCACAUACAGCAACGAUGACUGGUUCUAUCUGGGAUACAUGCUUAAGGACAAAUGGGAAAGAUAUCAGAUUCGAGAGUUAUUGCCCCUUGUUAGGUUCUUUUUCUACCACUUGUAAAUUUAUGUCCCUCCAUGAUGUCAAAUAAUUGUUUUACCUUUUUGAAAACCACUGAAGUUUUAGAUCAGCAAUUUUUAUCUCUGUCAUUUCAGCAUAUUAUACAAAACCAUCUGUAAUGUUUUAUUAUGUUUCUUGUUUGUUUAUUUUUGUUAAUUUAGUGCUGUGUUAGAUAACUUUUUUACUGUAUAGUGUAUGCAGUAUGUUUGUAACAAAUAUAUGUUGCUCUAUUUUAACAUGUUUUUUGUAAAACAACAUUUAUUUUGAAAACUAAUACGCAAAUUGUUAUCGUUUUUGUUAUUCAGUUUACAGUUGAAUUCUGCCUUAUUGUUUUUACUUCCAGACAAUAGUAAGUGAUACACAUUAAAAUAUGUACUCAUAAUCUUACACAACUGAAAGUUCUCCUUAAAGUUCUCCUUUCAGGACCAAAUUGGGAAAGUUUUACACGUGGUUAACUUGUGAAGGCUUUGACUGUUGCUAGCCACUGAUUAUAUAAUGGUAUCACAAUAUUCUUAAAAGAAAGAGGCAUAUAUAUAUAUGUGUAUUUGAAAAA